AGCAAGAGCAUAGUAGAAUCUACAGUUCGAUGCAAUCGAGUGCAAUUUUAUUUAUAUUGCAAUUUUGCAGUGAAUAAUUCAUAAAACAAAUUAAUUAUUGAUAAAAAGAAUCAGCUCUUAAAAUCUCCAAAAAAACUUAUUGUGUUAGUAUUAUAUUGUAUUAAUAGUACUGUACAAAUCGCAAUUUUUGCGAUUAUUAACACAGAUCCAUCGAUCUACGCUAAGAUUACUUAUAUUUUUCGCUUGAUUUAAAAAAUUCUGUAAUUGUGCAAUAAUGCAAGACACAAAUAUCGAACGCUAUCUAAUUAAUGAUGAAAUAUUUAAUAAAAUAAACAAACAAUUUAUAAGUUUGGAUGUUGAUGAUGUGAAAAAUCAAAAUCAGCAUUUAAAUGAGGUUUUUGAGAAAUUAAUAAACGCUAUGCGACGACAAAGUCCGCUUUUUGAUAAAACGUUUCAAAGAAUCGUGUGGGCCGGCAGUUAUUAUAAAAAAACUCGAGUCGGAGAGCCGGAGGAAUACGAUUUAAACUUUGUGAUCAAUUUACCCUUUAAAGAGAAAGAUAUAGAAUUUAUCUCAGAUUGUCCAGCUUACAUUAAGAUACGUACGACUUGGAAAGAUAGAGAUAUGUUGCACAAAACUUUAUCCUUAGAACAAAGAGCAUUACGAGAACUCAAUUAUUUCAUUGAUGAUAAAUCGUAUCUAAAUCAAGAUAAAUUUCGUUUUUGGAUGGAAGGAAUUUUAAGUAGAGUGGCAAACGAAACCAGUCAAAGUAAUCGAAUUGUAUUGAAUAAUUAUAUUUCAAUAACGAUAAAAAAAACCGGACCAGCAUUUACGCUUUCGUUUAAAGUUUCUGGAAAACCAAUUGAUAUUGAUGUGGUUCCUGUAUUAGCUUUUUCGACCCGUAAUCCACCGCCAAAAUGUUCAAAAUUAUCUAUUUUAAAAAAAUAUGAGCCGGGUUCUAAAUAUUGGUCUGCAGUUCCUAAACCUUUGAAUAAUAGUAAGGCCAAAUUUAAGGAUGCACCACAUCGUUAUUGGCGAUUAUGUUUUUACGAGUUUGAAAAAGAUAUACUCGAUAGUUAUGGACGAGCCAAACCUAUAAUACGUCAUUUAAAGAAACUUAGAGAUACACAAAACUGGAAAACUAUUGCAAGUUAUUAUAUCGAAACAUUAUGUUUGAAUGAAUUGGACAUUUUUAAGUUUUCAAAUAAAAAAUCAAAUACUUCUUUGUUUUUUAUGAUGUUACAAAAGCUUCGCGAAGCUUUUCGCAAGGGUACUAUAACAUAUUAUUGGGACAAAAAUCUUAAUUUGUUGCAACAUAUUGGGUCCGAUGAAAUGAGAUGUUUGACAGGAAGAAUAAAUCAUAUUAUACAAGAUAUCGAGAGAACUAUUGCAAAUGAUAAGUAUGCAAUAGCAAAAUAUGUUUUAAAUAAAAAUGAAUUUGCAAUCUUGCAAUCCAAUUUAGAAUCAUCACAAUCAUCUGAACCUGCAAACCAAGGGUAUUGCAUGAUGGUCUGACCACUCAAAGAAGAAGUCGACAAUAUUAGUAACGCAACGUAUCAUGGCAAGACAGUCAGCCUCGGCCGAAUGCUCAGCAAAAUUUGAACCAAACAUAUAUUCAUAAAUGGCGCCGAGUUU